ACGAUCACUUACCAGCUGUCGCUUGGUAUGGACGGUCGGGUUUAACUGCACUGUUGCCUUCUGCAAAUCAGCUCCACGCAUCCACAAAAACCAGAACCGGGCAUCAACAAAGAUACGAAGCGAACGAACUGCCAAAAACAGGAAAACCCCCAGACUUCGUGGAUAGUCGGAAAAGCUCGCUCUGUACUUUCGGGUGGCACGAAAGCUUCCGGCUUUGGUUUGCAACCAACGAGGGAAAGUGUCGUGUCGGUGAAGUUUGUUUGUCUAUCGCAUCAGUCUCACUGUUACAUCGCUGGCGAACCUAAGCGUGCUUCAGUGCAGUUCGUUCGCUUGCACAAGGCGGAAGUUGCUACACAUUGCAGUGGAACUGUUUGCAAGUGCCAUUCCCAAACUGUCCCCCCCAUACGGUACCAUUGUGUGCAGUGCUUGUAAGUGUGUAAAUGUGAAUUUUGUUUGUGUUUUUUUGCUUCGAUGCCAGUGAUAAAUUAACUCCCAGGGUUGGAAUAUAGUGAGUGCCAUACAUACUACCCCUGUCUGCAAGGUGAUGAUGUAACCAGAACCAGUAGUGCAUUUGGUCAAGCGAUGUGUAAAGUGCGAUGAAGUGAAAUGUAGCAAAUAGUGGAAUGGAUCUCGUGUAACCAAACUUGAACCUAAACCGUGCAAUUGCAUUAUUGAACAACUUUGUCACUUCAUUCACUUACUGGACGACUGAGGGCUCGGUGUACUUCUACGCCCUGCUGGAUCAACUUCAAGGAAACAGCUGUUAAACUAGUGCUGACCCAUCCGGGGUCGGUCUCUAAAUUGGACCUUCAGAUCAACGCAAGAAGUGGAGUGUGAAGACACCCGGACCAGUACCGGAAGCAACGUUUGCCGGCUUGGCUUGACGGAAACCAUUGGUGGCAGCGUUUGAAGCGAGAAGUAUUCCACUCAUCGCAAUACCGAUAGCCAGUGUAUCCCUUUGGGACAUUCCAUCGAGUGUUUUUCAUCGUCAGAAUUCCCACCGUCCGGCACGAUGGUGUUCGUCAGCUCGGCUGUGCUCGGUGCAGCCGCCGGUACCGGUUUGGCCUUGCUGGUCGCUGUCACAAUCGUCAUGUACCGGUACUACGUGGUACGCCGAAAGGGUAAGGAAUGGGCCGAGCUGGACCGACUGGAAGAGAAAAAGGCAGCCCGGAAGAUCAAUCUGCAGGACUGUAACGUGACGAGCGGUUCCGUACCGAUUCAACCAGCCAGCAGCGUCGUUCAUCAUUCAAUUAGCUCGGAGACGCUGGGCACGGGUGCAGUCGAAGUAACGCCCAGCCCACUUCAGCCGACACUGUCCGCUACGGGUUCGACGAAAAAAUCAUACGGCACGAGCGACACACGCACGGGACCCGGUUGUCGACCGGCUCAUGCGGCGGCCUCGACCGCCUCACGUAACAACAGCAUGGAGAGUGUUCAUUCGAGAAGUUCGAGCUACCGGGAAAGUGUGCCUAAAUUCAUGACACACGCUAACAGUGACACUCGCUCGACUACUUCUGAUAAUCUAAUCCUUAGGAAAUCCCGAUCACCAAGUCCGAUGCGUACGUUCAGCCUGGAGGGACGCUUUCCUAUCGGUGGCCCGAGUAAUCACAGUGCUGCUGCAGUACUUGCCGACGGUACGGAACGGGGUAGCAAAGCCAGUCUAGCAUCCGUCGUCAGUGGUGGUAGUCCACGCGAUUUCAGCUCACCCAAGAAACGCAACAGCACCUUCUCGGGCGUCGUGUCACUGGCUGGCGAUGGGAACGUCCCGGACAGUCCCAUUGGUUCCAUCCGUUCCGAUAGCAGCCGUUCGCCCCGACGACGCGUCCCGGUGAUUCUAGCGGCAAACGACAUCCACUCGGUACUUGGACGCUUUCAUCUGCGGUUAAAGUACGACGGCAGCAAGGAAGAGCUGCUGGUACAUUUGGUUGAGGCACAAGAUCUAACUCCGGCUGGAGAUACCGGAUUCCGCGAUCCCUACGUAAAGAUGUACCUGGAGCCGGAUGAGGAGCAGCGAACACAACAGACGGCUGUGCAUCGUACCGAAACGCAUCCGUACUUUGACCAGCAGCUUUCCUUCCCGCUGAAACCUCGCAAUCUCGUCAAGAGCAACUUUGUGCUGCAGCUGUUGGACUAUGAUCGGUUUUCACACGACGAAGUCGUAGGCGAGAUUCGGUUCCUGCUGAACACGUUGGACCUUUCCGGCUGCGAGCUGUGGGGUGAUUUGAUCGCCGUUCGCAAACCCUCCGAAACGACGGCCGAGCUGCUGAUCUCCCUCAGCUACCUUCCCCAGGCCGAGCGGCUCACGGUGGUCGUGAUGAAGGCAAAGAACCUAUCCAUCUCCCAUGAACCAUUCGUUAAGCUAUAUCUGUUGGUAAACGACAAGCGCACGAAAAAACGUAAAACCAGUGCGAUCCGAGCGCUCGACCCAACCAAUCCGAUAUGGAACGAGGCGUUCACGUUCGAGUUGCCCUCGUCCCAGCUGCAGGAUGCCGGCGUGGAGCUGUUCGUAACGUCGAACGAGGCCGAAGGGCAGGAUCUGGGCUGUGGGGUGGGUUUACGCGAAGGUGGCAGCGGUACGCAGCACUGGCAGGAUCUGAUGCAGAACAAUCGUAAACCCAUCGCCAUGUGGCACGUUCUGCGAUAAGACGCACACGCGGAACACAUACGUGUGCUUCAAAACGCACACACAAAUCCACGCUGACUAAAAGCUGUAAACGAAGGAGAAAGGGGAAGGGGUGGAAAAACGAUAAACGAUCCUUUCGGGAGCAGUAAAGAAAGGAUUUGGCGAGAUAAAAGGAAUAGUGCAACGAAAGGAUAUAACACCCGGCAAGAAUGGCAACGUAAACCUUACCAUCCCCCAUAAAACCAUAGAGAUGUAACUAACCUGUGAAGCGAACAAAAAAACAGGAGGGCUCCAACUGACAGAACGGGGCCGCGGAAAUGGUAAGGUAUUAUCAAGGUAGUUUUGUUAUGCGUAUUACAUAUUUCAUGCAUGUAGCAUACAGCUGUUUUGAUGCGAGCAAACAAAAGGUAUCAUUUUUAUCAAUGUGGGUUUGCAUCACUGAAGCGAACAGCAGACGCGCUAUGGCAGCUGUAUGAAGAGUAGAAAAGAAAGAGAGGACGAAUUAUGCCAGCAUCUGGCUGUGGACCUGUAAUGUUUCACGAAUUCGUUGGCUUUUUGUGUUUGCAAAAUUGUAUUCCAUGUCGCAAUGAGUUAAAGAUUGCUUUCGAUAUGAAUUUUUCCAGCCAAAGAUUGCAGAUCAUGUUUCAAAGCUCUUGUCGGAGGGCGAUUUCCAUAUAAUUUUGCACAAAAAAAAAUGUUUCAGUAUUUCGGUAAACAGGACAUAUAACGGAUGGAUCUAGUUAGAAAAUUGCAAAAGAUAAUACCCAAGGUAUGUUUGCUGUUACGCAAAUGUUUCAUUCUUUUCUUUGUUAUUUUCGUUGAUGGUCUUAAGGCCGGGCUACAUUGAUCGUACUCUCUGGUGUAAUUUUGAUUUUCACUAGCGCAUCUGGCGGCGGCUGACCGAAGCAUUUUUCCAAACAAUUUGGAGCCGCUUCAGAAAAUAUGUUAUUUUUCCAUGGUUAUUACCUUGUCUGGACUGGAAAAGCUUUGUAAUUGAUAGAUGAAUAUGUUGUGCAAGUAUUUCAGCCAUUUUCGCAUCAAAAAACGGUGAAAAAACAACUUAAAUUUGAGAUCCGGCACGACUAUUCCCUUGAAGACCAAAAAAAGCUUCCACCAGCCGCCGCCAGAUGCGCUAGUGAAAAUCGAAAUUACACUUGCGAGUACGAUCAAUGUAGCCCGGCCUUUAUACUAAAAAACUGUUUUACAAUUGAUUUUUGCUACUGAUUUCUAAGCAUUCAUUUUUUUUAUUUUUUAACCAAUUCUAAAUAUUAUGUUCUAUAUUUAAGAAACAAAAUCAUAAGAAAAUGACACAGUCCCUUGCAUGGAAUAAGGCUUUGAUUAAAACAGAUAAAAGAAAUUUGUAUUUCGCAUAAGGGGAUGUAGUCAAUAAUGUUUUGGUAAUGUUAAUAAAUGUUUCUUCAAUUAAAAUAUCUCAAAAAUCAUUGAAAACUAUACACAGAAACUAAAAGCCUACACAAUUCAUUGCUCGAAAAAAAUCGUGCAAGGUGUGACUAGAGUUGUUGUGUUUUUUUUUAAAGAUAUGUUAUCAAAUGUUAAUGUCACGGUUUCAAACAUUGAUACAUAUUUCAGUAAUUGUUGAAAACAUAAAGGCCGGGCUACAUUGAUCGUACUCGCACGCGUAAUUUUGAUUUUCACUAGCGCAUCUGGCGGCGGCUGACCGAAGCAUUUUGCCAAACAAUUUGGAGCCGCUCCAGAAAAUACGUUAAUUUUCCAUGUUUUUUACUUAAAUCGGAGGAGAAAAGUUUUGUAAAACGUAGAUACACAUGUCUUGCACGCAUUGCAUCCAUUUUUGCAAUGGAAAACGAUGGAAAUACUACUUAAUUUUGAGAUCCGGCAGGUCCAUUCCCUCGAUGACCAAAAAAGGCUUCCACCAGCCGCCGCCAGAUGCGCUAGUGAAAAUCAAAAUUACGCUUGCGAGUACGAUCAAUGUAGCCCGGCCUUAAUGUUUUUAUAAUCAAACAGCAUAAAGCAGAGUUUUCUAGAUUAUAUCGAGUUCUGUUUUAUUGAGAACAGUUUUACUGAUUUCAUACAACCAUACAAAAAAUUACCUUAAAUACUUGCACAAACACCGUUGUAAAAUGUAGACUGAUGAAAAGUAUGACUUUAUUGAAAUCAAAGGAAAAACAUAAAUAAACGAAAAUGCUACUUAGAAAGCAAAAGACACAUAGAGAUAGUAUAUAUUUAUUCAGCUCAAGUUCAGUACAGAAACGUUUAUGAAAGGCCUCAUAUUAAUGAACGGAACAAUGUUAAAUACACGCAAGAGAAAACGAAAUCGCUUUGCCUAUGAAUGCGGUACAAAUAAAGAGGGGAAAAACCCAAGACCCAUCUAACGAAAAUGGAGCUUAAACGUGGCAGAACAGCAAAGCUUAAAUAAACAAACGAAACCAAGUAUUGUGAGUGUAUGAGCAUAUAUUUAUAUAAAAUAUUUUAAAACAAAUGUCUAAGCUGGAAAGGGUUAGGGAGAACUAAAAAAAACAACAAACUAAGUAACUAAAAAACCAAAAAAAUAAUACAAACGCUUCAACACACAGUAAACUAUAAAUGUUUUAUAUUCCGUACGGAAAACCAUUUGGAAGAUGGAAACCAUAUAAAAGCGAGGAAAUUAGACUAACUUGUACAAGAGUUUGGCGACUGAUGUAAUGAGAUGUAGGAGGACAACAAAAAAAAAGAAAA